AUGGAUUACCUUAAAUCCGCGCUUCCUUCUCAAAUAAUUUCAGAACGAGGCUCCAAUCUGGUUGUUAUCAACCCAGGUUCUGCAAAUAUAAGGAUUGGCUUGGCUUCUCAAGACACCCCUUUUAAUAUUCCUCAUUGCAUUGCUCGCCACAUCAAACAGACUGAGGGGAAUGUCAUAGAUCAGAUGCUCAAUAGUCACGUUGUACCUGAACAGCACAAGGAAAGGGAAAAAGCUUAUAAUACUAUUGCAUCAUUGAUGAAGAUAUCAUUUUUGGAUGAAGAAGCUCCCAGUAAUUCUUUCCCUCGCAAGAUGGGACGUGUUGAUGGACAGAAUCCUCACGUUAUCAGGAAACAUUUGCCCUUCACUUGGACCAAUGUCUAUGAGGAGGCCACUAAUUCAUCUAUAUCAUUAGAAACUUCAAGUAAGGAUGAGACUGGUGAGUCUUUGGAUCCAAAAGAAGGUACAGAUUCAAAGGAUCUCAAUAGUGAAAGAAAAUUCAAAGAGUUCAUUUGCGGUGAUGAAGCAUUAAGAAUAUCCCCAACUGAACCAUAUUGUAUAUGUCGCCCAAUCCGCAGAGGACACUUGAACAUUUCACAACAUUAUUCGAUGCAGCAGGUACUUGAUGAUCUACAUACUAUUUGGGACUGGAUUUUAAUAGAGAAACUUCACAUUCCUCGCAAUGAAAGAAAUAUGUAUUCUGCUGUUCUAGUGAUGCCAGAAACAUUUGACAAUCGUGAGAUAAAGGAAAUUAUAUCUUUAGUAUUAAGAGAACUCUGCUUUGGCUCUGCAGUGGUACACCAGGAAGGUAUUGCAGCAGUUUUUGGAAAUGGAUUAUCAACAGCAUGUGUGGUGAAUAUUGGUGCUCAGGUGACAUCACUUAUAUGCAUUGAGGAUGGAGGUGCACUACCUUCAACUGGGAAGACUUUACCUUUUGGUGGUGAGGAUAUAGCAAGGGGUCUUCUCUGGACCCAAAGACAUCACCAGACUUGGCCACAAAUUCGUACAGAUGUUUUCAGAAAGCCUGUAGAUCUGUUAAUGUUAAAUCAACUGAAAGAGACAUAUUGUGAAAUCAAGGAGGAGGAACUUGAUGUCGUUGCAGUAGUUCAUUCAUAUGAGGACAAAGGACCAGCUGUAUCUCACAAGAUAAGGCUUACUGCUCUUAAUGUCCCUCCUAUGGGAUUGUUCUAUCCAAAGCUUUUAGUUCAUGAUGUGUAUCCUCCUCCUCCUCGCACCUGGUUUCACGACUACGAGGAUAUGCUUGAAGAUACAUGGCAUAUUGAUUUUUCCCGGAGAUCUGACAUGUCAGAUACUUUCUAUCCCAAUGUUAAUGGAGGAUUACCAAUGUGGGAAAGCUAUCCCAUUUUUUCAACUAAGCCAAAAAAAGAAGAAAAAGUGGGCCUUGCAGAGGCUAUUACUAACUGCAUUCUCUCAACUGGUCGCAUAGACAUCCAGAGAAAAUUAUUUUGUAGCAUACAAUUGACCGGUGGAGUGGCUUUGACAAGUGGUUUAGUUGCAGCAGUUGAAGAAAGAGUUUUACAUGCCAUUCCUCCAAAUGAAGCAAUUGAUACUGUGGAGGUUCUACAAUCAAGGACAAAUCCAACUUUUGUGUCUUGGAAAGGCGGGGUGAUUCUUGGGGUACUUGAUUUAGGUAGGGAUGCAUGGAUAAACAGGGAGGAUUGGAUUCAGAAUGGGAUUCACGUUGGGAGUAGCAAAAAAUACAAGGAUUCCUAUUAUCUUCAAGCUCAAGCGAUGUGUUAUAUGAAUUCUUAA